AAGGAAGCACACGCUGGCAGCUGCUGCAGCCACUUCCUUUGUAAACUGGGGCCAGUUCUCGCAGCAGAGCACAGGGCCGGGAGCCUCUCCCCAUGUCCCUCUGUCCCCACCCCCUGUGUCUCUCUCUGUCCCCACUCCUGUGUCCUUCUGUCCCCACACCAAGUGUCCCCAUUCCCUGUGUCCCCGUCCCCAUUCCCUGUGUCCCUGUCGCCAUUCCCUGUGUUCCUGUGUCCCCACACCUGUGUCUUUCUCUAUCCCCACCCCUGUGUCCCGUGUCCCCACAGCCGUGUCCCUGUCCCCACUCCCUGUGUCCACAGCUGUGUCCUUGUCCCCAUUCUGUGUCCCUGUCCCCACAGCCCCUGUCCCCAUUCUGUGUCCCUGUCCCCACAGCCGUGUCCCUGUCCCCAUCCCGUGUCCCUGUCCCCAUUCCCUGUGUCCCCACAGCCCGCUCCCGGAGUGUGAUGAGUGGGGACCCCUCGGGUGCCGUGCCAGGCUCCCCCAGCCCUGGGGUGCGGCCGCUCAAGCUGGGCUGGCUGAAGAAGCAGCGCUCCAUCGUCAAGAACUGGCAGCUGCGCUUCUUCGUGCUCCGGGGACAGCAGCUGCUCUACUACAAGGAUGAGGACGAUGCCAAGCCUCAGGGAUGCCUGUCUCUCCAAGGCAGCACCAUCAAGGUGGUGGCCACUAACCCAGAGGAAGGAGGGAAAUUCAUCUUUGAAAUCGUCCCAGGAGUGGCUGGGGAGCAGAGCCGGGCAGGGCAGGACUCGUGUGUGCUCAUGGCCAGCUCGCAGGCAGAGAUGGAGGAGUGGGUGAAAUCCAUCCACAGGGCACUGGGCUCGGCUGCUGGAGCUGUGUUCGGGCAGCCCCUGGCAGACACCAUGGCCUACGAGCAGAAGCUGGGGCAGCACCAGGUGCCCAUCCUGGUGCAGAAAAGCGCCGAGUUCAUCCGGGAGCAUGGUGUGGGUGAGGAGGGAAUCUUCCGCCUGCCUGGCCAGGACAACCUGGUCCGAGAGCUCCGGGAUGCCUUCGAUGCCGGGGAGAGACCCUCGUUCAACAGGGACACCGAUGUCCACACCGUGGCCUCCCUGUUCAAGCUGUACCUGCGGGAGCUCCCGGAGCCCGUCGUGCCCUGGCUGCAGUACGAGGAUUUCCUGCUCUGUGGGCAGGCUCUGGAAGCUGAUGAGACAAAGGGCCACCAGGAGCUCCUGAAGCAGCUGUCCCUCCUCCCCAGAGACAACUACAACCUCCUCAGCUACAUCUGCAGGUUCCUCCAUGAAAUACAACUGAACUCCAGCAUCAACAAGAUGAGUGUGGAUAAUCUGGCAACAGUGAUUGGAGUGAACCUCAUCAGACCCAGGAUAGAGGACCCUGCAAUUAUCAUGAGAGGCACACCCCAGGUCCAGAAGGUGAUGACUGUGCUGAUCAGUGACCAUGAAAAGCUCUUUCCCCCAUCCAAGGAUGUGCCUCCCUCCCCACUUGCCCAAAAAGCCGAGAAGAAAGCUCCUGUCCCUCGCAGCUCCGUGGGCUGGGGAGCUGCAGAGGACCCCACAGUACUCAGAGGCUCCACCCAAAGGCAAAUGAGGGAUCACCCCAAUUCCAGCAACACCCCUGGCCCAGCUGCCACCUUGAGUAUCCCCAGGGAGGACACGGAGUCCGAAGACACACUGGGAACGUGGAAUACACAGCCAAGGAAAAGAACUCAGACUUUGCCUAUGAGGAAAUCCCUCCUGGCAGUGGCUGCUCCGGGGGAGAAGGGCAGCAAGGAGAGAAAUGAUGUCCUUGCCAGUGACUUUUGGAAAAGCAGCACACGCCCCAUGGCCUCCGAUGGACACAAGAGAACGUUGUCUCAUGAUCUUUUUAAACUGUUGGACCUGCACAGGGCUUCAGCCUGUGAGAGUGCUCCCCCCUCCCAGGCAGAGAGUGGUGGGGAGGGCAGCGGCUCCAGCCCCAGCCCUGCCAGCAGCAUCUCCGAGAAGGAAUUCCUGCCCUGCUUCAGUCCCAGCCACGAGCCAAAGGAACCAGCCAGUCCCACCAGCAGCCCUGCUGAGAACCCCAGCCCGGAGCAGGAGAGCAGGGAGUUCCUGCAAAGCAUGAUCCUCAAGCUGGAAAAGGACAUGGAGGCACAGAGAAAUGACUACGAGGAGCAAAUUAAAAGUCUCCAGGAGGAGAACUAUGAAGCCUGGGCCAAAGUGGUGAGGCUGAACCAGGACAUGGAGCAGGAGAAGAAGAAGUGUGGGGAGCUGGAGCUGAGGCUGAUGAAUGCAGAACGCUCAAAGGAGGAGCUGGAGAAGAAAACCAAGAUGCUUGAGGAGGAGUUAAAAAACUUAACCCACAAGUAAAACUGGUGCCAAAACCAACUAGGAGGAGACACCCAGCUUUUCACAGACCCCAAAUGCAGGUGCACAAAUGCAUAGGAACUGCAGGUUCAGAGCCAGGGUCUUGUAUUGUCCACUGUCCUGCUCCUGCCCACAGGCCAAGGGGGAGGAAGGAGACCAGAGCUUAGAGGCUGGUUCAUGCUCUGAACUAGAAAAUCUCAAAAAUAUCCUUUAGUGCUUUUUUGGGUGUGUUUAUUUCAACUCUUCUUUCAGCUGCUCAGGUUUCCUGGAGAACAGACCAACACUUCCUGCUGCUCAGUCAGAAUUGCACUCAGAAGUUUGGGUUAUGGGCACGUUGUGCCUUGACAAAAAGAAAUCAGAAGUGUUCCUCCUCCAGCUGCCUGUCUCCUUGCUGGAGAUAUGCACAGGCAAAACAUCCAUGGAUCCUGGAUCUGGGCAGGCAGAGGAGUCCCAGGCCCGGGGAGGCACAGCCCUGGCUGGUGGCGAUGUUCACAUCAAUCCCCAGCUGGUUCCUGCUCUCCUGGGGCAGCACAAGGCUCUGAGAUCUCCUGCAGCAUCACCUGCUGUGCUGUGCCAGCCCCCACACCAAGGCUCCAGGAAGAAAAUCCCACCAUCACACAAACCUCUUCAGUUCGGGGCUGUCCAGCUGUUCUGAGUCACUUCCCCACAGCUGGCUGUUCCUAAAUGCAGCACAGCUGACAGAGCUUGGAAAGCACCUCACCCAGCUGUACCUGCAGCUCUUUGUGCAGGAGUAGUCCAUUAGCAACUCCAGCACAGAAAUCCUGCAUUUUCCCUGAUGGACACACUUCAAAGGAUGACAAAUCUGGACUUUUUUAAGGCCCCUGCUUUGGAGCUUUGUUGUUUCUGAAGUGUAGAACAGGAUUUCCUCAGCCGGCUUAUGGAGCCCUGGGUUUGCACCCCAACGAGGAUGUUGGGUCUUUCCCCACCAGUGCAAAGAUCCCCUGGACCCAAAAGUGUCCCUGUGGUUGUUUGUGACCUUUCUGCUUGUCCUCACCCCUGCCAGAGUCCUGGCAGCAGCACCACAGUGCUACCACAGCUUCUGGUGGAGGAAAGAAGAAUGACAGGACUCUGGACAGUUAUUUUCUUCUACAGUAAAAAAACCUUUCAUUUAUUUAUUUGAGUAGGGGGAACAUCCCAGCCUAGAGUCUUGAUGGGGACAGGAAAGGGAAAACCACAGAGAUCUGCAAUUUUCAAGUAGGGCCAAGCUCUGUGCCAGGAAUGGUGAGGGGAAUCACAACUCUGGGUUCUGCCUGCUGAGGACUUGGUUUUGGUGAGGUGAAAGCUCACCCCCAUACAGGCUGCAGAGCUGUGUGACAGGGAAAAUGAGCUGGAGAAGAAAGGAACACAGAGGAAAAUGUGGGAAAUGAGGGGAGGUGGGAGUGGGAAAAUGUUAUUGGAAAAUAAAAGCCAGUGUUGGCUAUAAAGCACUUGCUGCUCUCAGCCUUUCUGGGGGUAGGGGGCGACUGGUUUAGCCCUAAAACUGAGCCCAGACUCAUUCUCAGAUACAGUUUGGUGCAUUGAACCCACCUUUGCUCAGCUGUGGAUAUAAAGUCUGGGGAAGGAACAGUUUGUGAAAGCUGAGCUGCAUUCAAAAACCCAAGCCCUGAGUGGCUCAUUUGACCUAUAGACCCUGACUCCAGGGGUUUUCCUUUGCACAGAACACCAGAGACCAUGGAGCUUCUCACUGUCUUGCCCACAAACCUUCACACCAGGGAAUGACUGUUAGAGAAGCCUCCCGGGUCUCCUGCAAAAUCCCAAGGACCCACAGCCAAGGUCCUCUGCUCUGCCAGGGAUCAAACCUGAGCACAGGGUUUUAAAUCUGACUGAAAGGUUUCAGAUCUCAGUCUUGGCGAUGGGAAAUCUCAGUGAAGAUCAUGGUGAGGAUCUGCACUGGGUGGUGUGCUUGGACCUACUGGUGCAGCUCCCCAGCUUUGUGGAGGGAUGGACAUCAUGGAGAGGAGUCCCAAAAGAGGGCAGGGUGGGCUCAGCCAUCCUCCAUGACCACCCAAAGCUGCCCUCCCCACACCUGAAGGUCCCACACACCAUGGGAGUUGUGUCCUGAAGUCUUUUUCAUUUUCUUUUUGCUGCUCUCCAAGUCCCCACCGUGGGACCUGUGACUUCUCAACACUCAGAGGUUCCAAAGUGUCUGCCACCAUUUCACAGCUGCCACUCACAAGUCUUUCCUGGGAUUUCAGAUGACCUUGACAGAGCUACUUCAGUGUUUAUUUGAUUUUUUACCUCUGCAAGAAGCUCCUCAACAAUCUGAGCAUGAGGCCCAGGAGUCAUUAGGGAGAAACUUCUCUGAGGAGUUCAGGAGCAGCAUCGUAAACAUCUGGGCUGGAAAUGCCACACGCUCCUUUCUGCAAAGAUCAAAAGUGUGAAGAGGCCAGUAAUUCCUUCACAGCAGACUGUAAUGACGUGCAAAGGCUUGGCUGAAGCUCAGAAAUCUCCACGAUGAGGACAAGUGCACGUUAUUUAAAAUAAACUGCACAUUCCUCCACUUCCUCUCAGAUAGGCAAAACAGCCCCGUGGCUGUGAGGAUCAGAGGGACUCCUUUGAAGAUAUUUCACCCAUUAACAUUUGCAGUGUUUAUAGAGGUCAUCUGUGAAAGAGAGACUUUCAAAUAGAGGUCAGGUGGGCUGAAAAUUCCUGAGAGCCUGGAGGGGAGAAAGACAUGGGCACCUUGUGAGCUGCUGCUGCUGCCAUUGGGUGCUGUAAGAUAAUGAGGAUUUUUUUUUUUUUUUUUUUUGUAAAUGAGCUUUUUCCAGAGACAGAGAACCAUGAACUGCCCAUUCCAGAGCGGUGAAACUGCACCCUUUUCAUCCCUGAGGGGGUGGGUGCCCUCUCUGCUCAGCCCAGAGCCUGCUCUGGAUUUUCUGCACUUGCACAUCUUCUGUGGAGACCCCACAAGGUGAGAUUCCCCAAAAACUGACUGGUGCCCAUCCUGUAUUUCCUCCCUCCCUCUACUUCUGCAGCCAGGCCAUGAAGCUUUUUGGGGUGCGAGCAGCAGAGAAUCUCUCCUGUUCCUGGGCCAGGGGUUGUAAAGGACAUUAUAAACUCACAGUGGGGGUUUCGUGGCCUUUCAGCUUAGCAGGUUUUGGGCGUUGAUUCAGGAUCCCGUGGAGAGUGUGAUGCUGCUCCUGUCACAUAAAAACACAACAGAAUGUCUACCACAGAGAAGAAAGAUCCUUUCCAGCCCUGUCCUGUAGGCUUGGAAAUCCCUAAAAAGAGUUUUUUCACCCCUUAACCCUCCCAGUGCACUGUGAGGACACAAGAGCUUUACCAAGAUGAUAAUGCUGAGAUCAGACUGAAGAUUUUCCUCUCCCUUUAAAUGUGAUGUGGCUUUCCAAAUUAGAGCUAUUAAACCACAGAUCCCAAUGCAUCAAAAACUGUUAAAUCAUUCAAUGUGGGGUGAGGGUAAGAUACCAUUUAGGCCAUCCUUUCAGUCCCCUCACUGCAUUCUUUGUGCUAGAGCAGAAAGUCUGCUUUGCUCUUCUCGGUAUUUACUAAAUAAAUUAAUUUAGGAGUUCA